AUGGUGUAUUUUGAGCAGUUGAAGGAGUCCCCAGGAUGCCUGGGAGGUGUGUGCAGAGGCCUGGCUAAAGGCAUUUACAGUGACGACCAUGUGAAGUUCUUCUGUUUCCAAGUCCUGGAGCACCAGAUCAAGUACAGACAUGGAGGGCUCAGUCCUGCCCAGCAACAGCUGAUCAGAGAAACCCUGAUGAAGUGGCUCCAGGGUCAGUUAAUGAACUCCCAACCAGAGAAGCCGUUCAUCCGUAACAAGGCAGCCCAGGUGUUUGCUCUGACCUUCGUGAUGGAGUACCUGACCCACUGGCCCAAGUUCUUCUUCGACCUGCUGUCUCUAGUGGGCCUGAACCCACACGGGGUCGACGUCUACCUCAGGACACUGAUGGCUAUCGACGCUGAGGUGGUGGACAGAGACAUCCUGCACUCCCCUGAGGAGGUUCGUAGGAACACAUUAAUAAAGGAUGGUAUGAGGGAGCAGGUCAUCCCCAGCCUGGUUGAGUCCUGGUACCAGAUCCUCGGGGCCUAUCAGCAGUCUCACCCUGAGAUCACCUGUCAAUGUCUGGAGGUAGUGGGGGCAUACGUCUCCUGGAUAGACCUCAACCUCAUCGCCAACGACAGGUUUGUGAACCUGCUGCUGAGUCAGAUGUCUGUGGAGGACCUGAGAGAGGAGGCGUGUGACUGUCUGUUUGAGAUUGUCAAUAAAGGAAUGGACCCGACAGACAAGACCAAGCUGGUCGAGUCCCUCUGUCAAGUCCUGCAGUCGGCUGGCUUCUUCAACGUGGACCAGGAGGAGGAUGUGGACUUCCUGGCUAAGUUCUCCAGACUGGUGAACGGGAUGGGCCAGUCUCUGGUGCUGAGCUGGACCAAACUGGCCAAGGGGGGCGAGGUGAAGGCAGCCGCCGAGGCGUUGUGCGCCCUCGAGACCAAGGUUCCUCUGCUCCUCCAGCUGCUGGUCCACGACGACGACGACAUCUCAGCCAACAUCGUAGGCUUCUGCUACGACUACCUGCACGUACUGAAACAGGCCUCUGGUCGAAUGUAG